GCUCGACCUGCGCGGCCUGCGGCUUCCUGGGAACUCGAGGGCCGCGGCCGGGCCUGACUCUGCCCCGCGGCCUGCCUGGAGCUGGACCGGAGUGGUCUGGGACUACAAGCCUGGCAAAGAGGCUUUUAAAAAACCAUGGCAGAUGUGGAUCCGGAUACAUUGCUGGAAUGGCUACAGAUGGGACAGGGAGAUGAAAGGGACAUGCAACUAAUAGCCCUUGAACAGCUAUGCAUGCUGCUUUUGAUGUCUGACAACGUGGAUCGUUGUUUUGAAACAUGUCCUCCUCGCACCUUCUUACCAGCCCUCUGCAAAAUUUUUCUUGAUGAAAGUGCUCCCGACAAUGUGUUAGAGGUGACAGCCCGUGCCAUAACAUACUACCUGGAUGUAUCAGCAGAAUGCACCCGAAGGAUUGUUGGGGUAGAUGGAGCUAUAAAAGCACUUUGUAAUCGUUUGGUUGUAGUUGAACUUAACAACAGGACCAGCAGAGACCUAGCUGAACAAUGUGUGAAGGUAUUAGAACUGAUAUGCACUCGUGAGUCAGGAGCCGUCUUUGAGGCUGGCGGUUUGAAUUGUGUGCUGACCUUCAUUCGUGACAGUGGACACCUAGUUCAUAAAGAUACUUUGCACUCUGCCAUGGCUGUGGUAUCAAGACUCUGUGGCAAAAUGGAACCUCAAGAUUCUUCUUUAGAAAUUUGUGUAGAAUCUCUGUCUAGUUUAUUAAAACAUGAAGAUCAUCAGGUUUCAGAUGGAGCUCUGCGAUGUUUUGCUUCUCUAGCUGACCGUUUUACCCGUCGUGGUGUUGACCCAGCUCCAUUAGCCAAACAUGGAUUAACUGAGGAGCUGUUGUCUCGAAUGGCUGCUGCUGGUGGUACUGCAUCAGGACCAUCAUCAGCGUGCAAACCGGGUCGCAGCACCACAGGAGCACCUCCCACAGCUGCAGACUCCAAAUUGAGUAACCAGGUGUCAACAAUUGUGAGUCUGCUAUCAACACUUUGCAGAGGCUCUCCAGUAGUAACACAUGAUCUUCUGAGAUCAGAGCUUCCAGAUUCAAUUGAAAGUGCAUUGCAGGGUGAUGAAAGAUGUGUGCUUGAUACCAUGCGUUUGGUUGACCUCCUCUUGGUGCUGUUAUUUGAAGGGCGAAAGGCUUUACCAAAGUCUAGUGCUGGAUCUACAGGAAGAAUUCCAGGACUUCGGAGAUUGGAUAGUUCUGGGGAACGCUCACAUCGGCAGCUGAUAGACUGUAUUCGAAGUAAAGAUACCGAUGCACUUAUAGAUGCAAUUGACACAGGAGCCUUUGAAGUAAAUUUUAUGGAUGAUGUGGGUCAGACUCUAUUAAACUGGGCCUCUGCUUUUGGAACUCAGGAAAUGGUAGAAUUUCUUUGUGAGAGAGGUGCUGAUGUUAACAGAGGUCAGAGGUCAUCAUCAUUACAUUAUGCUGCAUGCUUUGGAAGACCUCAAGUAGCAAAGACCCUGCUAAGGCAUGGUGCAAACCCAGACCUGAGAGAUGAAGAUGGGAAAACUCCAUUAGAUAAAGCUCGAGAAAGGGGCCAUAGUGAAGUGGUAGCUAUUCUCCAGUCUCCAGGUGAUUGGAUGUGUCCAGUUAAUAAAGGAGAUGACAAGAAAAAGAAAGAUACAAACAAAGAUGAAGAAGAAUGUAAUGAGCCCAAAGGAGAUCCAGAAAUGGCACCUAUAUACUUGAAGAGGUUAUUGCCAGUGUUUGCGCAAACAUUUCAGCAAACUAUGCUGCCUUCAAUAAGGAAAGCAAGUCUUGCUCUAAUUCGAAAAAUGAUUCAUUUUUGCUCUGAAGCACUGUUAAAAGAAGUUUGUGAUUCCGAUGUGGGUCACAAUUUGCCUACAAUACUAGUGGAAAUCACUGCAACCGUUCUUGAUCAAGAGGAUGAUGAUGAUGGACACUUACUGGCCUUGCAGAUCAUAAGGGAUUUAGUAGAUAAAGGUGGGGAUAUAUUUUUGGAUCAGCUAGCCAGGCUUGGUGUAAUUAGCAAAGUAUCAACUUUGGCGGGUCCUUCCUCUGAUGACGAGAAUGAAGAGGAGUCAAAACCAGAAAAAGAAGAUGAACCACAGGAAGAUGCUAAAGAAUUGCAGCAAGGGAAACCAUAUCAUUGGAGAGACUGGUCAAUCAUUAGGGGAAGGGAUUGCUUAUAUAUCUGGAGUGAUGCAGCAGCCUUGGAAUUAUCUAAUGGCAGUAAUGGAUGGUUCAGAUUUAUCUUGGAUGGAAAACUCGCCACCAUGUAUUCAAGUGGUAGUCCUGAAGGUGGAUCAGAUAGUUCAGAAAGCAGAAGUGAGUUCUUAGAGAAGUUACAAAGAGCCCGAGGCCAAGUAAAGCCAUCCACUUCUAGUCAACCUAUUCUGUCAGCACCAGGACCCACUAAACUUACCGUAGGCAAUUGGUCACUAACAUGUUUGAAAGAAGGAGAAAUUGCUAUUCAUAACUCAGAUGGUCAGCAAGCUACGAUAUUGAAAGAAGAUCUACCUGGUUUUGUAUUUGAAUCUAAUAGAGGAACAAAACAUUCAUUCACUGCAGAAACUUCUCUGGGUUCAGAAUUUGUGACUGGCUGGACUGGCAAAAGAGGCAGAAAACUGAAAUCUAAGUUAGAAAAAACAAAGCAAAAGGUACGAACUAUGGCUCGAGAUUUAUAUGAUGACCACUUUAAAGCUGUUGAAAGCAUGCCUCGUGGAGUAGUGGUAACACUCAGAAACAUAGCAACUCAGUUAGAGUCAUCUUGGGAACUUCAUACAAAUAGACAAUGUAUUGAAGGUGAGAACACUUGGAGAGAUUUAAUGAAGACAGCUUUAGAAAACCUAAUUGUACUUUUGAAGGAUGAAAACACAAUUUCACCGUACGAAAUGUGCAGUAGUGGCUUGGUACAAGCGCUUCUUACUGUUUUAAACAAUAGCAUGGAUUUAGAUAUGAAACAAGAUUGUAGUCAACUGGUAGAAAGAAUAAAUGUUUUCAAAACAGCCUUUAGUGAAAAUGAAGAUGAUGAAAGUCGACCCGCAGUUGCAUUAAUUCGAAAGUUAAUUGCUGUACUAGAAUCUAUUGAACGUCUACCUCUCCAUUUGUAUGAUACACCGGGGUCCACAUAUAACCUCCAGAUACUUACAAGAAGAUUAAGAUUUCGGUUGGAGCGUGCACCCGGUGAAACUGCUUUGAUAGACCGGACUGGCAGAAUGUUGAAGAUGGAACCCUUGGCUACGGUUGAAUCUCUAGAACAGUAUCUCUUGAAAAUGGUAGCAAAGCAGUGGUAUGAUUUUGACCGAUCUUCAUUUGUUUUUGUUCGAAAAUUGAGAGAAGGCCAAAAUUUUAUAUUUCGGCACCAGCAUGAUUUUGAUGAAAAUGGAAUUAUUUACUGGAUUGGGACAAAUGCCAAAACUGCAUAUGAGUGGGUAAAUCCAGCUGCUUAUGGACUUGUAGUAGUGACAUCCUCAGAAGGAAGAAACUUACCUUACGGCCGCUUAGAAGACAUUUUAAGUCGUGAUAAUUCAGCUUUAAAUUGUCAUAGCAACGAUGAUAAGAAUGCUUGGUUUGCCAUAGAUCUGGGUCUGUGGGUGAUACCAUCAGCCUAUACACUUCGUCAUGCUCGUGGUUAUGGAAGGUCUGCCUUGAGAAAUUGGGUUUUCCAGGUAUCCAAAGAUGGACAGAACUGGACUUCUUUGUAUACCCAUGUUGAUGACUGCAGUCUCAAUGAACCAGGGUCAACAGCAACCUGGCCUCUUGAUCCACCAAAGGAUGAGAAACAAGGGUGGCGACAUGUGAGAAUAAAACAGAUGGGGAAGAAUGCUAGUGGACAAACACACUACCUCUCACUGUCUGGAUUUGAACUUUACGGCACUGUAAAUGGAGUAUGUGAAGAUCAGCUAGGAAAGGCAGCUAAGGAAGCAGAAGCGAAUCUUAGAAGACAGAGACGUCUGGUACGCUCCCAGGUUCUGAAAUACAUGGUUCCGGGGGCUCGGGUGAUCCGAGGCCUUGAUUGGAAAUGGCGAGAUCAGGAUGGAAGCCCACAGGGGGAAGGCACUGUCACAGGAGAGCUACAUAAUGGCUGGAUUGAUGUCACCUGGGAUGCUGGUGGCUCAAACUCUUACCGUAUGGGCGCAGAAGGAAAAUUUGACCUCAAGCUUGCACCAGGGUACGACCCUGAUACAGUGGCAUCACCCAAACCUGUUUCAUCCACUGUUUCAGGCACAACGCAAUCAUGGAGCAGCUUGGUGAAAAACAACUGUCCAGACAAGACAUCUGCUGCUGCAGGCUCCUCAAGUAGAAAAGGAAGCAGCAGUUCUGUGUGUAGCGUGGCCAGUAGCAGCGACAUCAGCUUGGGUUCGACCAAAACGGAACGGAGAUCAGAAAUUGUAAUGGAGCACAGUAUAGUUUCAGGAGCUGAUGUCCAUGAACCGAUUGUUGUUCUUUCAUCUGCUGAAAACGUCCCUCAAGCAGAAGUAGGGUCAUCUUCCAGUGCCAGCACCAGCACCUUAACAGCGGAAACGGGAAGUGAAAAUGCUGAAAGGAAGUUAGGCCCUGAUAGUUCUGUCCGUACUCCUGGGGAGUCUAGUGCAAUAUCCAUGGGAAUUGUUAGUGUUAGCUCUCCUGAUGUUAGUUCAGUAUCUGACUUAACUAAUAAAGAAGCAGCUUCACAACGACCCCUUAGCUCUUCAGCAAGCAACAGACUGUCAGUGAGUUCUUUGUUGGCUGCUGGGGCCCCCAUGAGCUCUAGUGCAAGUGUACCUAACCUAUCCUCAAGAGAAACAUCUAGCUUGGAAAGUUUUGUAAGGAGAGUGGCAAACAUAGCACGGACUAAUGCCACGAACAACAUGAAUCUAAGCCGAAGCAGCAGUGAUAACAACACUAAUACUUUGGGGAGGAAUGUGAUGAGCACAGCAACUUCUCCUCUUAUGGGUGCUCAGAGUUUCCCCAAUUUGACCACGCCUGGUACUACAUCAACAGUGACUAUGUCAACAUCCAGUGUGACUAGCAGCAGCAAUGUAGCUACAGCAACAACAGUUUUAUCAGUUGGCCAGACAUUAAGUAAUACUUUAACCACCAGCCUCACAUCAACCUCCAGCGAGAGUGACACAGGUCAAGAAGCAGAGUACUCCUUAUAUGAUUUCCUUGAUAGCUGCCGUGCCAGUACUCUGUUAGCUGAGCUGGAUGAUGAUGAAGACUUGCCUGAGCCAGAUGAGGAAGAUGAUGAGAAUGAAGAUGACAAUCAGGAGGACCAAGAAUACGAGGAGGUUAUGAUUCUGAGACGUCCAUCCCUGCAACGUCGAGCUGGCUCCCGCUCUGAUGUAACUCACCAUGCUGUCACCUCACAGCUACCACAGGUCCCAGCUGGAGCAGGGAGCCGACCUAUUGGGGAGCAGGAAGAGGAGGAGUAUGAAACUAAGGGAGGACGCCGGAGAACAUGGGAUGAUGAUUACGUGCUAAAGCGGCAGUUUUCUGCUCUGGUGCCUGCUUUUGACCCUAGGCCUGGUCGUACUAAUGUGCAGCAGACAACCGAUCUAGAAAUUCCACCCCCAGGAACGCCUCAUUCAGAGCUCUUGGAAGAAGUUGAAUGUACUCCAUCACCUCGAUUAGCCCUUACUUUGAAAGUAACAGGCCUUGGAACAACUCGUGAAGUUGAAUUACCACUCACCAAUUUCAGAUCAACCAUAUUUUACUAUGUACAGAAAUUGCUUCAAUUGUCCUGUAAUGGCAAUGUGAAAUCAGAUAAACUCAGGCGUAUUUGGGAACCAACAUACACAAUCAUGUACAGAGAAAUGAAGGAUUCUGACAAAGAAAAGGAAAGUGGAAAGAUGGGUUGCUGGUCUAUAGAGCAUGUGGAACAGUACCUUGGCACUGAUGAGUUACCAAAGAAUGACUUGAUAACCUACCUGCAGAAGAAUGCAGACGCCGCUUUCCUGCGCCACUGGAAAUUAACUGGCACUAAUAAAAGUAUUAGGAAAAACAGAAAUUGUUCUCAGCUCAUAGCUGCAUACAAGGAUUUUUGUGAGCAUGGCACAAAGUCUGGGUUAAACCAGGGUGCCAUUUCUACUCUUCAACAUAGUGAUAUUCUUAAUUUGACAAAAGAACAGCCUCAGGCCAAGGCAGGCAACGGGCAGAACUCCUGUGGAGUGGAAGAUGUCCUUCAGCUUCUGCGUAUUCUGUAUAUAGUUGCAAGUGACCCUUGUUCAAGAAUAUCCCAAGAAGAAGGUGAUGAGCAGCUUCAGUUUACUUUUCCACCAGAUGAAUUCACUAGCAAAAAAAUCACAACAAAAAUAUUGCAGCAGAUUGAGGAACCAUUAGCACUGGCAAGUGGGGCUCUGCCAGAUUGGUGUGAACAGUUAACCAGCAAAUGCCCUUUCCUAAUACCGUUUGAAACUAGACAGCUUUAUUUCACGUGCACAGCAUUUGGUGCAUCAAGAGCAAUAGUGUGGUUACAAAAUCGACGUGAAGCCACUGUGGAACGAACAAGGACCACAAGCAGUGUGAGGCGAGAUGAUCCUGGAGAGUUUCGAGUGGGUCGUCUCAAACACGAAAGAGUAAAAGUUCCACGUGGUGAAUCACUGAUGGAAUGGGCUGAGAAUGUCAUGCAAAUACAUGCUGAUCGGAAAUCAGUACUUGAGGUUGAAUUUUUAGGAGAAGAAGGAACUGGCUUAGGACCGACAUUAGAGUUUUAUGCUCUGGUGGCAGCAGAAUUCCAGAGAACUGACUUGGGAGCUUGGCUUUGUGAUGAUAACUUUCCUGAUGAUGAAUCUCGUCACGUUGAUCUUGGAGGUGGAGUGAAGCCUCCAGGAUACUAUGUGCAGAGAUCAUGUGGACUGUUCACGGCACCGUUUCCACAAGAUAGUGACGAGCUUGAAAGGAUCACGAAACUCUUUCAUUUUCUUGGAAUUUUCUUGGCCAAAUGUAUUCAAGACAAUAGACUUGUGGACUUACCUAUUUCUAAACCUUUCUUUAAACUUAUGUGUAUGGGUGACAUUAAAAGUAAUAUGAGUAAACUAAUUUAUGAGUCACGAGGUGAUAGAGACUUACACUGUACUGAAAGUCAAUCUGAAGCUUCUACAGAAGAAGGCCACGAUUCACUUUCAGUAGGAAGCUUUGAAGAGGAUUCAAAAUCAGAGUUUAUUCUUGAUCCCCCCAAACCCAAACCGCCAGCUUGGUUUAAUGGAAUUUUAAAUUGGGAAGACUUUGAACUAGUAAACCCGCACAGAGCUAGAUUUUUAAAAGAAAUUAAAGACCUUGCUAUCAAGAGGCGCCAGAUUUUAAGCAACAAAGAUCUUUCUGAAGAUGAGAAGAACACAAAAUUACAGGAACUAGUGCUGAAGAAUCCAUCAGGUUCUGGGCCUCCACUUAGCAUAGAGGACUUAGGUUUAAAUUUCCAGUUCUGCCCUUCCUCGAGAAUAUAUGGUUUUACAGCUGUGGAUCUCAAACCAAGUGGUGAAGAUGAGAUGAUAACCAUGGAUAAUGCAGAAGAGUAUGUGGAUUUGAUGUUUGACUUUUGUAUGCAUACGGGUAUUCAGAAACAGAUGGAAGCCUUCAGAGAUGGUUUCAAUAAAGUUUUUCCAAUGGAGAAAUUAAGUUCCUUUAGCCAUGAAGAAGUUCAAAUGAUUCUUUGUGGAAACCAGUCACCAUCCUGGGCAGCUGAGGAUAUUAUCAAUUACACGGAACCUAAGCUUGGAUAUACACGUGACAGCCCUGGUUUCCUAAGGUUUGUGAGAGUUUUGUGUGGCAUGUCUUCAGAUGAAAGGAAAGCAUUCCUACAGUUUACUACUGGCUGUUCAACUCUGCCCCCAGGCGGACUGGCUAAUCUACAUCCCCGGCUCACCGUUGUGCGCAAGGUUGAUGCUACUGACGCGAGCUACCCGUCAGUGAAUACUUGUGUGCAUUAUCUUAAGUUGCCGGAGUAUUCUUCCGAGGAGAUCAUGAGAGAGCGCCUGCUAGCUGCUACAAUGGAGAAAGGUUUUCAUCUCAAUUGAUCUUUGCAGUGCAAUGGGAGACACCAGAGACUUUUAAAUACUAGUGAAGCCUUUCGUGUUUGUGUGCUGAGAAGUAUAUGAUCCUCCACGCUGAUGACACCUGCCUUUUUUUCCACCUUUAAGGCUU